AUGUUUUCUCAAACUCGAAUUCCUUCAAUUGAUUUACAGAUAACACGUUUUCGCUUAAUUAAAUACCUUCAUAAUUCAAUACGAUAUCAAACAACUCAAUAUUUUACUUUUCGAAAGUAUGAAACGAGAAAAGAUAAAUUUAUUCGAAGUACAUCAGGAACUUUUGCUUCAUCAUAUUCGGCUGGAACAACGACUCAACAAAUUUCGAAUUCAUCCAUAAUUCCAUAUCAAUUACAUAUGCAAUCAUCAGCGUUUCAAACGGUUCAAGUACAAAUAUACCUUGAUCGUAUGAAGUAUUACCUCGAUAUAAAUAAUCUCGAAGCAAUCACCAAAGAUUUCAUUGAUUUAAAACAAAAGAACAUUUCACCAACGCUAGAAAUUUAUCAUGUCCUUCUCCAAAUGUGUUAUAAAGCAUCGGAUUUAAAUAGUGCUUUAGAAAUAUUCGCACAAAUAUAUAAUGAUAUGACAAAAUCUUCUGUUACACCUACAACAGAGACUUUUAAGUACCUUUUAGACGUUGUUGAAGCAUCAUCGGAUCAUGACCUCUCAUUAUAUACGGUCAAUUCUAUUGUAAAUUAUCAAAUUCCAUGCAUUAAAUCAAAUGCAAAGGUUAUUGGUAAAUUGCGAAAAAGGUUGGAUGUAAAAUUUGAUUUGAAUACGUGGAAUUCUAUUUUUCGUUCGUUAACGACUUCACAUAAAUUAUAUUCAACAAACGAUCUAUACUAUUUUGAGAAAGUAAAAGGAUUAGCUGAAAAUUUUUUAGAUUCUAAUCCAGAUCAUCAUAAUUUCACAGAGGAAACUUGGCGGCUAGUUAUCCGAACUUUAGGGGCGUAUCCCGGAGAUUGUAAAACAUUCAAUAAAAUAUUACAAAAGUUUAAAUCACAAAUUGUAAUGACCCCGUCAAUUUCUUCUGAACUUAUUUGGGCAUUAUCAAGAAAAUCUUCAAUAGAUCUUGCAAUUGAAAAUCUAGAUGAAUUAAUCUCUCAAUUCAAUUACAUACCUUCUAGAGAACCUCUUUAUGUCUUGUUAUCUUAUUACGCCGAUUUAGGAAAAUAUCAAAAAAUAAAAUAUUUAAUAGACAAGUAUUCUAAAUAUAUUACUAUCCAUGAACAAGUUCAACCAUCAACAUUUUCGCAACAAAACUGGCAAUUCAAUUUUUCUACAGUUUUAAUGAAGGCGUAUGUUCAAGCUUUACGUGAGGAAGUUUCUUUUCGUAAUAAAAAUCUUGAGGAACACAAUUAUUUGAUGGUAGAAUUCAUGGAAUCAAAGGAAACGAAUGACAGAAAUGAUGGACUGGAUUAUUUAACGAGUGAUAAUUUUAAAAAGAGUUCGUUUUAUAAUUCUUGGAUAAAAUUAUUAAAUGAAGUAAAAUUAUCAAAUUCAAAAUAUCAUAAAGAUCAUUUUGAAUUAAUGAUUAGAUUUCAUAUACUAUCAAAUCAAAUCAAUCAUCAAGAAUUCCCUUUAAAUGAAGCAUUAAAUUUGAUUAAUGAGAUGAGAGGUGAUGGAGUUGAACCAACUUUCGAGACAUUUAAAAUUUUAUUGGAAGGUCAUGCUGAUUCACCGGAAUUUAAUUCAAAUGAACCAAAUUUAAUACGAGUGAAAAAUUCAUUAAAAAUAUAUUCUAUAAUGGAAUCUUCUGGAUAUGAUAUGAAUAACAUAGAGAUAUAUCAACCUUUAUUAGAUUCAUGUAUAACACAAAAUGAACGAUUGAUAAACAAAAAUUUUAAACUUUUAAGGUUAAAAAUUAAAGGAAAAAUCAAUCAUAUAAAAGACUUGAUGAAAAUUCAUAAGGUAAAACAUAAUCAAAAAUCAAUGUUAACCCUUCUAGAAUUAUAUGGUUCCAUUCACUCUUUUAGUGAAAUGAGACGUGUUUGGUUUGAAAUAUUUUUAUCAGGAUAUCAUCGUAAUUUAAAUUUUUACAAAAUAUUUAUAAAAGCUUCUUCACAAAACGUUCGUGAAUCAAUUUAUUGUUUAGACGUUUUAAGACAUCAAAUGUCAAAAGAGAACCCUCUUGUAUAUCCUGAUUUAGAAACUUUUGAUUUAUUAUUAAAAUGUUGUAUUAAAUCUAAUGAUUUAAUUACAAUGGAACAAAUUAUUAAUGAGAUGAAACAAUAUUUUCCUUCUCCUUCAAAAGAAGAAAAUUGGUUAAUACCAAUAUUAUAUACUUAUUUAAACACCCCAGAAUUAGUUUAUAAAGGAAAGAAUGUUGUUAAACACUUUUUUAAAUGUAAAGAAUUAAUUAAUUUCGAUUUUUGGAAAAUCGUAUUACAAUAUUUUACUGAAAAUGAAAAAGAAUCAAAUACUACUCAAAAAUUUUUUGAUUUAUAUGUAGAUUGGAGCAACGAACAUCUUCAUAAUUUUAAAAGUAAUUCCACUCAAAUUGAUGAUGAUUUCCAAACACAACAAUCAUCUUCAAAAGGGCCUAUUUUAAAAUUUCCAAAUUCCCCCCUUUUAAACCUAGAUUUAGAAAUAAUUUAUUUGUACCUAAAAUAUCACAUACGUACAUCAUCUUUUCUUCAAACAAAAAACAUUUUUGAUAAAUUAUUUUCUUACUAUCCUAACAAUGCACUUUUAAUUUUUAAUAAUAUUGAUUUAUUAAAAGAAUUUGCUUUUCUUUCUCUAAAACACCAACAAUUUGAAAUCCUAGAUUGGUUUGAUAAAUUUGUAUUAAGUAGAAUUAAAGUGAAUUUGAAGGAUAUGGAUGAUUAUAGAAUAUUACGUAAUUGGGUGAUCAAUAAUUUAAAACAAUGUGAUGGAAAAAACAAUAAAGAAAUCUCAAUAGAAGUUAAAGUACCUGAAUUUGUGGAUAUGAAAUGGUUAGAAAGAUAUGAAGAUUUGGAUGUCAAUUAG